AUUGAAACCAAACUUUCAUCAUCACAAGAGAGUUCAGCAAAUGUAUCUACCAUAGUACAACCAACUAAUUCAAUAAAUCAGGAAAAUGGUGAAGGCACUUUGUCAUCCCAGCUUUCUAGUAGGGAUACAGCUUUGUCCAGAGAUACAAGAAAACUCGAACAGAGUAAGGACAUGACAUUGUGUAUAGCAGGCAAGCAGGAAAAACAAAGCAUUGCAACAUUUUUUUGCAAACCAAAACAUUUAAAGUGGAUUAUGAAAAUGAAAUCAACUAUCAGUAAGAUGUGUGGUGAAUGCUUUGGAAUUAAGCAGGAUGAAGUGAUGGUGACAUGUACUGAAACAACAGAAAUGAAGACAAUGCUGGAAGUUUGGGAUGCUUCAUCUACACGUGACCACAAUGAACAUCCAGUAUAUCUUGAUGUUGACUCAUUGCUUGCUGUUAUCCUAGUGCAUGGUAUUGAACCACAUGAAAUUGAUGAUAGUCGUCGGAAACACUUGGAACGCUUUCUUUGGGAAUACGUGAAAACAAGUGAUCCUCAUAUUGCUUUCUCCUCUAAGUGCAAAGUUCUGGAGAUUAUUACAUUUAAAUCAUCUUUUAUUGUUCUUCGGCUUUCCAUUGAUUUGUAUGUUUCUCUGCUGUGUACACUUGGCUACAGAGACCUGCAAGUUAGUCUCACUAAAUCAUUGAAGGACAUCUUACCAGGAGCAACUAAGAUAGUAUUUCAACUUGGUGGUCUUCCUCCAUUGGAACUAACAUCUGUACAUGUGAAGAAUCAAGGAAGUCGAGAUCAAGACCUCCACUUUGCAUGUGAGCAUGGUAAUGCUGAUGCUGUUAGGAAUCUGUUGUCGUGUGGAGCUACAAUGGUUAAUACUAUUGAUAGUUAUGGAAAUCAGCCACUUCACUUGGCUUGCAGACAAGGCAGUAGUGAGAAAGUGGAACUGUUGCUAUUACAUGGAGCUGAUCCAAAUGCAGUGAACAAAGCUGGGAGAACACCACUGCAUGAAGGUUUACAAUGGCGUGGCUCCCCUGCAGUAAUAAAAGUCUUGCUAAAACAUCAUGCAAAGGUUGAUGUUAUUGAUAACAAUGGAAAUCAGCCACUUCACUUGGCUUGCAACCAAGGCAGUAGUGAGAUAGUAGAACUGUUGUUAUUACAUGGAGCUGAUCCAAAUGCAGUGAACAAAGCUGGGAGAACACCACUGCAUGAAGGUUUCGAAUGGCAUGACUUUUCUGCAGUAAUCAAAGUCUUGCUAAAACAUCAUGCAAAGGUUGAUGUUAUUGAUAACAAUGGAAAUCAGCCACUUCACUUGGCUUGCAAACAAGGCAGUAGUGAGAUAGUAGAACUGUUGUUAUUACAUGGAGCUGAUUCAAAUGCAGUGAACAAAGCUGGGAGAACACCACUGCUUGAAGGUUUCCGAUGGCGUGGCUCCCCUGCAAUAGUCAAAGUCUUGCUAAAACAUCAUGCAAAGGUUGAUGUUAUUGAUAACGAUGGAAAUCAGCCACUUCACUUGGCUUGCAAACAAGACAUUAGUGAGAUAGUAGAACUGUUGUUAUUACAUGGAGCUGAUCCAAAUGCAGUGAACAAAGCUGGGAGAACACCACUGCUUGAAGGUUUCCAAUGGUGUGGCUCCUGUGCAGUAAUAAAAGUCUUGCUAAAACAUCAUGCAAAGGUUGAUGUUAUUGAUAACAAAGGAAAUCAGCCACUUCACUUGGCUUGCAAACAAGGCAGUAGUGAGAUAGUAGAACUGUUGUUAUUACAUGGAGCUGAUCCAAAUGCAGUGAACAAAGCUGGGAGAACACCACUGCUUGAAGGUUUCCAAUGGCGUGGCUCCCCUGCAGUAAUAAAAGUCUUGCUAAAACAUGAUGCAAAGGUUGAUGUUAUUGAUAACAAUGGAAAUCAGCCACUUCACUUGGCUUGCAACCAAGGCAGUAGUGAGAUAGUGGAACUGUUGUUAUUACAUGGAGCUGAUCCAAAUGCAGUGAACAAAGCUGGGAGAACACCACUGCAUGAAGUAGCUUGCCAAGUGUAUGGCUCUGCUGAAGUAGCUAAAAUGUUACUAAAACGUCAUGCAAAGGUUGAUGUUAUUGAUAAUGAUGGAAAUCAGCCACUACACUUGGCUUAUAGGCAGUCCAAUAUUGAAAUUCGGGAAGUCUUACUGUUGCACGGGGCUGAUGCAAAUGUGUUGCAGAAACAAAUAUCAUCAGAACCAACAGAACCAUUUCAAAGCACAAGUUCAGGAAUGAAACCAAAAGCAUCAUCUACAACACAAUCCGAAUCACCAAGUUGUCACUGAAACAUUGUCUAAAUAACAUUUUACAUAUAGUCAAAUGCCAAAAUGGCAGACAUUGACUGCGCGUAGCUGUUGGACUUAUUUUUACAUGUAGAUAAGGAUAUGCUUAUGCAUGUGUACAGAUAUUUAGAUUAUCUGUACAAAUAGUACUAAAGUCACUUACUAUAUGUAACCAUCUAUACUGUUUCUAUUUUACAUUACUUUGCAUGUUUGUCAUCUGAUGACAGCUUAAGGAUUUUUCUUUUACACAAGAGCAAAUCGUUUUCGGUGAUACUUGUAAUUUGUCUUGCCACAUCAAUUGGCGCAUGUCUUGGCGCAUUGUGUAUCAAUUUGUUCGUCUUUG